AUGCUGGACUCCUCAAACCUAUUUGUCCUUGUCUUCGGCCUUGGCCUCGCGAGUGCUGCUUGCCCGGCUGUGAAUAUAGGAUACGACCCCAAUGCCGUCACAGGGGCAGGCAAGGAUUUGUCUUCUCACAGCUGGGAGUACGGCACGGCAGCAGAAGCACCUCUGGAGCUCUACGAUCCUGAUCUGUCCGUCUUCUCUCCCAACGCCUUCCCAAAUGGUCGCGUUCCGAGUCCAAGUCAGAGCAUCUCGUCGUUGAGCUUUGCCAAGCCGCACAUUUCUACUUCCGGCAAUACUCUGGUAGACGGCGAUGGGGCCGCUGGAGACCCUGCGUCCCUGGGAGUGAGCGCUAUCUUGCUUGGUGGGGCAUACUCCAGCGCAGCGACGAGGCAGAGAGAUCAUCUGCUGAAUGUCGUACCUCGAUUUGCAAACGGUGCCAUCUCUCAGCGAGAGUCCAAUCGGGAAGCUUGGGCAGACUUUUUGUACAUGGCUCCCCCAUUCUUAGCGUACAUCGCUGUUCGAGGCAACAACGUUUCUCUCCUGCGACAAGCGGCCCAGCAGUGCGGCUACUAUCAUGACAUCCUGCAGACAGACAACUCGUUCUACAAGCACAUCAUUCCGGGGCCGUCGGGAAAUAAAGACACGGGCAUCUGGAGUACGGGUAACCAGCAAGAUCAACUUGUGUCCUGGAUCAAGCAAAUCAUUGAUGGAGCAAGGAACGCGGGCCGUGAGUCCUCUAGCGGCCUCCUCAGGAACUACCUGAACGAUGGAAGUUGGUUUGGAGAGACUAGCGGCACAGCACUUCUCGCAGCUGCCGUCUAUCGCAUGGCAGUAUUGGCACCAGGAACUUUCAAUGGUGAUUACAUUCGAUGGGCAGAUGACAAUAGACGUGCCAUUGCUGCACAUGUCAAUAACGGGAUCUUGCAGCCUGCAGUGAACCCGUUGAACUGGGGAGAUCGACAGCAGUAUCUUCGUGGGUCCCCAGAGGGACAGUCAGUUGGGUCUAUGCUUUAUUCAGCCUGGAGGGACUGCAAGUGCGUUGGAAAGUGCUAG